GCACUCGGGGUAGAGGGAGGAUGUUGAGGGAAGUUUAGGGUCCAGAGUCGUAAGUGAGGUAGGUAGUAUAGGGGUGGGGGAAGGACAGAAUGCGAACCCCGCCUCAAGCUUCGAUAAGUGGGCAGAAACAGAUGCACACCCUUGCAACACAGCAGAUUCUCUUACCUCUCUGCUGCUACCUAUCCCUGAAUUGACUCAAGAAGGGCAAGGAGGAUCCCAGUUCCUCUGCAGCUACCUGUCUAUCCCAAACCCGCGCUACCUUAUUAUUUAGUGUUCGGCCAGCAACCAACCCAGAACGAAUAUUGAGGAGAGGGGAGCAUGAUUUUUACUAGUGGAGAAGUACCUUUUUUUUUCCUUCCUCUCCUUCCCCUCCCCCCUUCUUUACUGUCUCGCCCUAGAUCUCCUUAGUUAAUGCAACUCUCUGUAGCUUUAAGAAGGCUCCAGCAUCUCUCCCUCAUCUAUCCUUUCCUCUCCUCCAGCUAUGGGGCUAACUUGGGGUUCCUAGGAGUUAGUGGUUCCCAAGUGCUCCCAGUCAGCAAAACUCCUGCAGCCAGGUGAUGAUUUAGAAAACAAAAGAAGGUAUCAGACUGAGUUCGAGAAGGGGUGGGUGGGGAGAUAUAAGGAAAAAGAAAGAAAAAAGAAAGAGGAAAAAGAGGAGAGAAGAAAGAAAAUGAGUUUCCCCGAGGACGGGGUGAGCAACCUGUGUCAGAAGGCGCUGCACAUCGUAGCGGAGCUCUGCUUCGCGGGCCAAGUGGAGUGGGAGAAAUGCUCUGGCAUCUUCCCCCAAGACAAAGCCAACCAACGUGGAGGAAUUACAGAUAUUUCUGUCAGUCUUUUAGCUGUAGUAGUCAGCUUUUGUGGACUUGCAUUGCUGGUGGGCUCACUCUUUAUCUUCUGGAAACUCUGUUGGCCACAUUGGAGAAGCAAACUUCUUACUUCCCAUGUCAGUAUCCUGCCACAGAGCAUCUCAAGUACUCCAGUCUCUGAGACUGAGGGAAAAGAAGAGAAAAAAGAAAAUGAGAAGCCAUCUCCACAAAUUGAGACUGCAAUGAAAAUCAGCCAUACUUCCCCUGAUAUACCCACCGAAGUACAGAAUGCUUUAAAAGAACAUCUCAUUAAACAUAAACAUGUCCAGAGACAGACCACUGAGCCCACAUCUUCAUCUCGGCAUAAUUCCUUCAGGAGACAUCUACCAAGGCAAAUGCAAGUGUCCAGUGUUGAUUUUUCUAUGGGCACAGAACAAGUUUUAUGGAGGGGAGAGACAACCACCAGCAUUGGGAGAAUAAAACCUGAGCUCUAUAAACAGAAGUCAGUUGACUCUGAGGGCAGCAGGAAAGAAGAUGUCAAAUUUUGUGGGAAACUUAACUUUACUCUCCAGUAUGAUUAUGAGAAUGAACUACUCAUUGUUAAUAUUAUCAAAGCCCUAGAUUUACCUGCAAAAGACUUCACAGGAACAUCUGACCCCUAUGUGAAAAUAUAUCUUCUUCCGGAUAGAAAAAAGAAGUUUCAGACCCGGGUACACAGAAAGACUUUAAACCCCUUAUUUGAAGAAACCUUUCAAUUUCCUGUAGCGUAUGACCAACUGAGCAACAGAAAACUACACUUAAGUAUAUAUGAUUUUGACAGAUUUUCGAGGCAUGACAUGAUUGGGGAAGUGAUUGUGGAUAAUUUUUUUGAAGUCUCUGAUCUUUCCAGGGAAGCUUCAGUGUGGAAAGAUAUCCAUUGUGCAACUACUGAAAGCAUAGAUCUGGGUGAAAUCAUGUUUUCCCUUUGUUAUUUGCCUACGGCUGGGCGUAUGACAUUAACAGUCAUCAAGUGCAGAAAUCUCAAGGCAAUGGAUAUCACAGGUUCAUCAGAUCCAUAUGUGAAAGUGUCAUUGAUGUGUGAGGGUCGUAGAUUGAAAAAAAGAAAAACAACUAUCAAAAAAAAUACUUUAAAUCCAAUUUAUAAUGAAGCGAUCAUUUUCGAUAUUCCUCCUGAGAAUGUGGACCAGGUCAGCCUCUUAAUUGCUGUCAUGGAUUAUGAUAGGGUAGGACGCAAUGAGGUAAUAGGAGUAUGUAGGACAGGACUGGAUGCUGAAGGUCUUGGACGAGAUCAUUGGAAUGAAAUGCUAACCUAUCACAGAAAACCGAUAACUCAUUGGCAUCCAUUGCUAGAAGUACCUGGACGGGCUACUAGUUUUGAUAGUCAAGGAUCCUGCUCAUCUCCCAAAAAAACAACUUCCACACCUUAGUAUCUUCAAAAUAAAGUUAACAUUGUCAACAUCCAAGAGUAUAUCUUCACCAAAUCCACAAAAACAGACAGUUUGGCUUCCUCAUCUGAACUAUAUACAGAGUUUUAUAUUAAAUUAAUGUUGUUUCUCUUUCUAUUUUGUCUUUAUCUUGGUGAUUAUAAUGACUUAGUAUUUCAGAUAGAGAUAGAAGAAACUUUCCCUCCUUAUUAUGCCUGUGACAUUAUUAUUAUUAUUAUUAUUACUACUAUUAUUGUCAAAGGACCAUACUCUCUUAGUCUGAGUGGUAUUUCUAGAAGUCAUCUUUUAUAUAAGUAGGUACAUCAAAUGCAAAUAAUACUCAUUUAGUAAAAUGCAUAACUAAUACCAUUAUUGUGAAAGGUAGCAUAAUAGUUAUAUGACUAUAGUUUCUAGAUUCUGUAAUUGUAUGGGCAAUUCCACCUGAGUAAACUUAGGAAAGUUAUUUAAACUUCCUAGUAGGAGUAUAUUUCCCUGUCCUUAAGUUGAGAAAAUUCUUUACUAUAGUUCUUUCUACCUCUGAUGUCCUACGUUUUUAUUUGGUACUCUCUUCACUAAUAAAUAAUGGAAGUUUGAAGUUUAUUGUAAAAUUCUCAGUAUAGCUAUCAUCCCCUUCUGCAGUAAUCUUGAGGUUAUUUUUCUGGCAUUAUACUAGAUAUUUUAUCAAUUCUAUAGAAGCUUUUUAUCUCUUGUGAAGAUUUUGGUGUUGUUGCAGCCAGAAAGUUUUUAACUUCAACAUUAUACUUUAACAAUAAGAAGAAAGAAAAUUAUUUGAGGAUAUUUUAAAAACUAUAUCUUGAAUAUAAAUUUAAGA